AGAAUACAUGAAUGAAUUAUUGCAAGGGAAGGCAACAAUUAGAAGUGUUGGUGAGGACAGGGCAUGGCACGUGACAUUAAACUUUCAUAAUAACAGGAGCAGUUUUAUAAUGAGGGCUGGUUGGAAGUCAUUUUCAAAGGAACAUGAGUUGAAAGUUGGUGAUGUAUGUAAAUUUGAGAUGACUCAACGCUAACCACUUUCAUUCACAAUUACUAUUAUCCCAACCACAAAGGAACCAGGCCCGGAGAAGUUUCAAGAAAACCAAGGAGUCCAAGAAAAAUCAGAGACAACACCAGUAAAAGAUAUGGAAUAUGCGGGCAAUUUUGGAGAUGGAAUUUCAAAGAGCUGCACAAAAACAUAUGGUUUUAGGGAUUCUGUAAGUCUGAAUUUACAUGAGAUGUUCAAGGUUUUUAUAACAUCAUCAGACAAGUUGGUUGUACUACCAAGUGAGCUGUUGAAGAAGCAUGGUAUAUUUAGUGGAAAUUCAGUGGAGUUGAGAGUAGGGGAAGGAACAUGGUUUGUAGAUGUGAGUUAUAAUGAACAUCUCGACCAUGGUUGGUUCACUAAAGGUUGGCAAGAAUUUGUGAGAGAUUGCAAAGUAAAGACUGGAGAUACUUGCUUGUUUGAGACGAUUGAUGUGCAAAAUCAUGUGUUCAAGGUUUCAAUUGUUUGAGACACUUGCUUGUUUUGUCAUUUUAAGGGGUGUUACGUAAAAUGUAAAUAUUCUCUAAUUACGAGACUCGGUUUAUUUUGCAACUGUGUUCUUCCCGUUGGUUUAAAUGAAACAAAGGUUCACUAAGAUACAUCCGGCAAGGUUGGAAAAUCAGAAAGCAGUCCUAAGGUAUGAUGCUUCCUCCAAUUCUCAAGGUUCAAUAAGACAUUGCCUUCCUCGAUCAUCUUUAAUCAAAGUUUCUUCAACCACAACAUUAACAGUAAGCAACCUAAGAUGAUUCA